GUGGCAGCAAGACUGUCAGUGAAAAGUCUGAAUGGCUUGUUGUUGUUGAUCUUUUGAUUUUGUACACAAAUCACUGAAAACUAUAGGGAAGAAAAUGUUUUCUCAUUUGUGCCGUUGUUGCUUAACUGAGCUGGGUGAUUCGUCUGGAAUCGUACCACUGUUUGAACGUCACAAGAACAUCUGGUAUCACCGUUUGAUUACGGCAACAUUCCGAUUGACCUUGACAAAAGACGAUAAGUUGGGGUCGAACAUAUGCAAAAUGUGUGCAGUCGAACUACUGAAAUCUUACAAAUUCCGCUUGAAGUAUAUUGAAUCGGAACGGAAGCUCCACAAAAUGCUUGUCCAGUCCGAACAGGAACAGGAACCAAGUUAUGCAGCUUUAUUUGACGUUAAAGUAAAUGUCGACGAAAGCACCAAAAUUUUGCAAAAUAAGUUAUCUCCCGAGACAAACUAUUUACGCUGGAAGUGUAAUUCAUGUUCAGCGAGUUUUGCGACUCGUUCGCGGUAUUAUGAACACAGACGAUUACACUCUACGACGAUUACAUCUCAAAUAAACAAUGAUACGGAACCUUCACCAACAAAUAAAAGUUUCAAGCAGAUUCGCUGGAAGUGUAACUAUUGUCCCGCAGAGUUUGGUACUAACACAUUGAAGUUGAAGCAUGAAGGAGAUGAACAUUCAUCCGACAAUCUGUCAUUUCAUGAGCCGGCGAUCUUGAUUGAGGACAAUGAUUCGGUCAUUUCAACGAUUAAAACAGAAUUGAACAUCGACACUGAUGAGAAUGAAUUUCCGUACAUUGAUCAGGAGCCUGAAGUGGAUCUGGGAUUAUAUCUGAUUGAGAAACAUAGUCAAAUAAACAGCCUUGACCCACUUGAAAUCAACAAUUUUACCGAUUCACUGCUCAUGCCGCUGGAUGAGACGCAAAACUCACCGGAAACCGGAAAUAACAACAAUGCGAACAGUAAAUGGAAGUGCCGACUUUGUACGGCUGGGUUUCGGACAAGGGAGUUAUUACGCGAGCACAAUCAUCUGCAUAUGGCAUCGAGGCAACAAAAGCCAAUGGUAGCAAAAGUGGAAAAAAUCAAAGUUGAGAAGGUCCCGAAGGUCAGUCAUGUAAAACCAUUCACGAAUGAAUCGAAUGCUCCGAGAUGGCAGUGCAAAACGUGCAUGUUAAGCUUUGAUACGAGGGAGCUGUUGCGGAUUCAUCGCAGAACGUAUGUAGCGAAAAGCGAAAUAACUGGACUGAAAGAGAUGGAGUGUAAUACAGAAGUGCUAGUUGACGAGAACGUAUCGAAAAAGUUUAAAAUACAUUGAUGGUUCUAUUUUCGACUCUAGCAUGAAGAGAUACAAUAAACCAAAGUUUAUAAGUCCAAAGUUUCAUUGGAGAUUUUCUACAUGUGUUUGUGUAAUUAGAAUGAAUAAUCGAUAAAGUCGAUAAACUGUUGUCAGACAAAAAUCGAUUUUUUUUGAUCCAUCAACGAAAAAAAAACUUCUCGUACGUUUCAAUCUAAAGUUUAUUAUUGAUUCAUUAAAUCACAAAAGUUAAUUUACUUAAGCAAAAAUUCAGACUCCAGGGUUACAUUAAUCAAAAACAACGAAAAAUCGAAACGAAAUUGGUUGUUAAACUAAACUUAUAUGAUGAACUCUUUGCCAGUUAUUGUUGUGCAUCCUUCUUUUGCUCCUUGACCAUCUCAUCUUCCUUCGAUUUUACACUCUCUUUGUUACCGCUGUUCAAUCGAGCUGGACCGGUCUGUUGAAUUUGCAGGACGCGUACAUUUCCUUCAUCGACUACCUU